AUGGACAGAAGGUGCUUCUUUAAAUUGUGUGAGUUAGUAAAAACUGUUGGGGGGCUUGAACCAACGAAGCAUAUGGGUGUAGAAGAGAUGCUUGCAAUAUUUCUUCACAUUUUGGCACACGAUGUGAAGAACAGGAUAAUUAAAAGACAAUUCAUGCGGUCCGGUGAAACAAUUAGCCGACAGUUCACGAAUGUGUUGUUGGCCGUCGUUCGUUGUCAUACAGUUUUACUGAAGAAACCUGUACCAGUACUUGAGAACUCCACUGAUGAAAAGUGGAGGUGGUUCAAGAAUUGUUUGGGAGCUCUUGAUGGGACACACAUCAAGGUAAAUCCUUUACAAGCUGAUAAGGCUAGAUAUCGCACUCGGAAGGGAGACAUAGCAACCAACGUGCUAGGGGUUUGUUCGCAAGAUGCUCAGUUUAUUUACGUAUUGCCUGGAUGGGAAGGAUCAGCUGCAGAUUCGAGGGUCCUCAGAGAUGCCAUAGCUCGUAAUAAUGGUUUAAAGGUUCCAAAAGGUUACUAUUAUUUGUGUGAUGCUGGUUACAUGAAUGGUGAAGGUUUCCUUACACCUUAUAGAGGGCAAAGAUAUCAUCUCAGUGAGUGGAGACACGGGGCACAACCAACAACAGCGAAGGAGUUUUUUAACAUGAAACAUUCUUCUGCAAGGAAUGUCAUAGAACGCUGUUUUGGGAUGUUGAAGGGGCGUUGGGCGAUUGUUAGGUCGAAGUCAUUCUAUCCGGUUAAGACACAAAUCAGGAUUAUAACUGCAUGUUGCUUGCUGCAUAACCAUAUCAGAAGAGAAAUGGCCUUUGACCCAUUAGAGGAGCAUGAGGUGGACCUUCAACCGGUUCAAGACGAGAUGGGAGGAAAUGAUAUGAUCACUCACGUGGAGUCAUCCAAUGCAUGGUCACAACUGAGGGACGAUAUGGCGCAACAAAUGUUUAACAACUGGAGGAGACGUGUUUGA